GCGCGAUUCGGAAAAAAAGAAACAAUAAAAAACCAAAAGUUAUCAAAACAAAAGCGACGUCGUCGACAGCAUUUUCCAUUUUCCCAACAAGCGGAGCUUUCUCCCCUUUUUUUUCGCUUCGCUCUCGAUGGCCUGCAAUCCUUACCACCACUCUCACAAAAUCCGACAUUCAAUCUCAUCUCUCUGUAAAGUCAAAUACGCUUUGCCCAACAGUUCAAUAACGGCAUUUCCGUUUCGUAACUCUCCUUUCCAUCCAAUCAAAUUCUCCAAUUUCCGUUCUCUAUCAGCUUCAUCUACAGCUGCUGGCACUUCUACCCCCACCACUUUCUCUUGGGACGACGUCGUUCGAGUCUCUCAACCCGAGUAUAACCCACACGAUUCUUCCGGUCUCCGAGGCUUCUUCGACAAAAUCAAAGCAUGCAAUCGUGGCUCCGAAAUGCAAUCCGAGUUCCUUCCCUUUGUUAUCGAAGACCAAAUUGUUGGUUACAUACAUGGGAGUUUUGCUGAGAAUUUAAGGAAUUUUCAGAAAGUGUUUAUAUUAUCUAAAGAUAAUUGUGAUGGAGGUCAUGUAACGUUGCACCGAAUGUUAAAAUCAGCGGAGGAUAGAAGUCGAGCUGUGGGAGAAGUGAUCAAAUGCUUGGCUGAAAAAGAAUUGAUUCCAGGUAUAAGGAAUGAGCUGUACCCUGUGACAUCAUCGUUUGGUGCACCGGUCUUUUUCUCCCUUGAACGUGCUGCUGCUCCUUAUUUCGGAAUCAAGGCUUAUGGCGUUCACAUGAAUGGCUAUGUUGAAAAAGACGGGCAAAAGUUUCUAUGGAUAGGAAAAAGAAGUCCAGUGAAGCCUACUUUUCCUGGAAUGCUCGAUCAUCUAGUUGCUGGAGGACUGCCUCAUGGAAUUGCCUGUGGAGAGAAUCUUAUGAAGGAAUGUGAAGAGGAAGCUGGAAUACCAAUAUCCCUAUCCAGUAGAGCUAUACCAGUUGGUGCUGUUUCAUAUUCAGAUAUUGAUGGGCACAGAUUCAAGCGAGAUGUCCUAUUCUGUUAUGAUCUAAAACUCCCUGAAGGUUUUGUACCAAAUAAUCAAGAUGGAGAGGUAGAAGGCUUCAAGUUGAUCCCUGUGGCACAUGUUGCUAAUGUCAUAAAAAGGACACAUUUUUUUAAGUCAAAUUGCUCCAUUGUCAUAAUCGAUUUCCUGGUUCGACAUGGGUUCGUAAGUCCUGAAAAUUUUGGAUAUUUGGAUCUUCUACAAAGUUUGAAGAGUGGAGAUUGCUCCUAAUUGUACUUUCUUGUGAAAGACAUCAAAAGCCAAAGCCAUCUCACGUUUCUCUCACAAAAGAAAGCUUCACUCAUGUUGGAUAAGUGAAUAAACUGGGUAAUGGAUUCUGUAGAACUUCAUCGUCAAUGUGUAAGACAACAAUCGUGCUUAAACGUAUACUGUCUUCCCAGGAUAAUUUUAGUGUCAUUUUUCUUUUC